AUGCAAGGUCGUCCUAUUGUUCCUUCUCAUAGUUGGGUCACGACUGGUUUCUCUAUUUAUAUUGAUACAGUCUUACAAAAAGUACUUCCAUACUUACCCUACAUUAUUAAAGAUACUAAAUCCCUUGUUAAAUCACUUGAUGGAAUUUCUAUUCCUCAGGAUGAAAGACCUUUAUGGUUAGUUACUGGUGAUGUGUCUUCAAUGUACACGAAUCUACCUACUACUCCAUAUGCUUUCGAUGUUAUUGCCAACACUGUUAAUAAAUAUGUUCCUCUUUCUUCGAAUGACCCUACACUUAUUCGAGAAACACUCAAAUUUAUUAUGGGCAAUAACUACUUUACUUUUCAAGGCUUACCAUAUCAUCAGGUAUCAGGUAUUGCAAUGGGUACUGCAUGCGCUCCUGCUUAUGCAAAUAUCUUGAUGCAUCAUUUCGAAGAACGUUUCUUUGAAUUUAAUCCUGAAUUUAAACUGAUCUUUUAUGGUCGAUAUAUCGAUGAUAUCUUUAUCAUUUUCAAAGGAUCUAAACAAGAACUUGAAACCUUUUUGUAUACUUUUGACACCAAGCGUGCUUUUAGUAACAAAUUAAAGAUAUCUUGGGACUAUUCAUUGACAUCUGUUAGCUUUCUUGAUCUUCAUAUUCAUGCAAAGCAUAAUAAGAUUGAAUUGUCCACUCAUCAAAAAAUGCUUAAUAAAUAUUUAUAUAUUCCAUUUUCAUCUUAUCAUCCCAAAGAUAAUAAAGUUGGUUUUAUUAAAGCAGAAUUGAUUCGAUACAUUCGUAACAGCUCUUCUUACCGAAGUUUUGCUAUUACUGCUAAACAAUUUUUUACUCGAUUACGACUUCGUGGAUAUCCCCCUCGUUUUUUAAUUUGGGUGUUUAGUCAAGUAUGUUACGAUGACAGACCAAAAUAUCUUGAAGAUACUCCUCUUAGUACAGAUAAUACUCUUGUACCUUUUGUUACAACGUAUAAUCCAAUUUGGGAGACUUUACAUCUUCGAAAAGGACUUAGGUUAUUUUCUGAUUUAAAUCCACACUACCGACCAGUAGUUGCUUUUAAACGAAAUAAAAACAUUGCUGAUUUAUUAAAUCGUGCCAAUGUACAAAAAUUAACGGGAAAGAAGUUCCAUUCACUACAACAGGAUGGACUUUGUUGGACUUCGUCUAAAAAACGUAACCUGAACCCUAACCCUAAACCUAACCUUAACCCUAACACUAACACUAAUGUUGAUACCUCAUACCAACACUAG